AUGAAAAGAACUUUAACUACUCAUAUUUCUCUUCCUUAUUCUGAUAGAGAACUUAUCGUAGAACUUACUAAGACAUUUGUUGGAGAUGAAGUUCUUACUUAUAUAAGAGAUGUUUUAAAAGAGAAAAUUCCAGAAAAUCCAAUUAUCUUAGUUGUUGGUAAAGAUACUAGAAAUCACAUUCUAAUAGACAACAUAAAGCUAGAAGAAAAUACCAAUUCAUCAUCAAUUAAACUCACAAUUAUUCCAGAAAUGAUGAACUUAUCAAUUAUUACUCCCGAUCAUAGAAAAAUUACAGUCAAAGUGCCUGCAGUUCAUACAGUAGGUGAUUUUGUUAAAAUAUUAUGCGAGAAAUUAAAUCUUUCUUCUGUUUUUGACUAUGGAUUAUAUUUUCAAGAGAAUGAUUCACUUCUUUCAUCACUAAAAGUCAAUUUACCACUAUGCGAAAACCGUGCGGUGAUAACCGAGCUGUAUAUGAAAAGAAGAUGGUGGCGACAAGAUUGUUACAAGAAUAUAUCAGCCGAUGAGCUUAAUUUCAUAUACAACCAGAUCCACAAAGAGUUUGUAGAUAUGCCAAAAGAUCCUAGCUUCUGGGAUUGCAUUGAAUUAGCUGGAAUUUACUCUGUAGUUAAGUUUAACAAGGACACGACACGUUUUAAAGAGGUCCUCAAGUCAGGCAAAACACAAAAAUACUAUCCGAAAUGCGUAGAAGGGUUUUUCAAUUCAAUAAAAAUUCAAAAAUCGUUCGAAAACCACUUAAAACAAGACAUUACAACUCUCAAGCAAGAAUUUGUCAAAAAAUUUCUAUCUUACGAGUUCGCUUUCUGCGAAUUAUUCCCGAUUUACAAAGAUAAAAAAUUACGAUAUCUUACAGCACAAGGAGAGUAUGUACUCAUCAUCAAAAAGGACAAGAAGACAGUUGUUGAUCGAUAUUACCAACUCAAAGUGAUCAGAUGGCAGCCUAUCGGUCAAAAAGAGUUACAUUUAAUUUAUUCCGGUACAAAAGUUGAAGAUAUCAUAUUUACAACUAAAGGCAACAUUGACAUCAUCCGAUUCCUUUCCGAUUACUUUGAUUUCAUCACUCCUAUUCUUCAGGACACACAUCGAAAAAGUUCACGAGAAAAACGACAGAAGAAAAUUGAACUCCAAAUUUCACCAAGGAUGACAAUUGUUAAGACAGAGAUCUCUAUGCCAUCUAUCACAAAAUCAGACUCAGUUGUCUACACAAAACCUAUCCCUUCUAAAAUUAUUUAUCCGUGUAUUCCAACAUUACCAAAAAGUGACAAUAAAAUUUCAAAAAGUGACAAUAAAAUACCAAAAAGUGACAAUAAAAUUUCAAAAAGUGGCACUCAAAAUACGAAACCAGAACUCAAAGAAAUCAACAUAGAUAGUAAACCAAAUGGAUUUGCAAAGCAAUGCAUCAAUUUAAUCCACCAAAUUGCGAAAAACCAAAUCGUUCUUCCCAUUCAGAAAAUGAUUGAUUUCAUUACUUCUAUUUCACCACAAUCAGUUAAAGAAAUCAAGUUCCUUGCAGACACGGACACCACAUCACCUGUUAUUGCAGUUAAUCUUGCAGCACGCGCAGCUGCAUCAAUCAUCAUCAAUGAAUGUCAUGAAUCGUCACUUUUUGUCAGUUUGACAAAACUUGGGGAAAUUGUUAUGUUGUAUGCACUUGACAAAUCAUGGUCAUUUGAUUACAGUGUUAAACCUAAUAUCAAAAAUCCAACACUCUCAGAAUGUUUCGUCAAUCUUUCUACAGAAGAACUUAAAGUUGAAGAGAGUCAACCACUUGUUUCAUUAAUUUUUUGUUCUCUUAACAUUUUCUUUCAUGCAACUCUUUUUUUGCUUGAAAGUGAACGUGUUCGAUCUGAAUUACUUUCUCCACAAAAGAAUUCGUAUUGCAUGCCAUGUUUUGAUUUAAUUAGUUUAGUCCAUUUACUUGACAUUGUUGGAGACAAAAACACCACGAAAACAGUUUCCAUUCUCCAAUCAUUUGUUAAAACAAUUCGAGAUCCAAGUACUGUUUUCAAGUUAUUGUCAUCAUACAACAGCAAUCUUUUUGAGGAAGAACCACAAUCCAUCAACGAAUACAUCUACAUUUUCGAGAUGGGUCGUGUUAUUAGUUAUUGUCUCUACCAAGUUCGUGGUGGCUUUAGUGUUUCACAUUUGUACGGUGUUUCUGUUUGCACAUUGUUGUGUAGUAAUUCAUCAGACACAAAGACAAAGAAACUGUGUUACGAAUAUUUCAAGAACUCAGUUAAUAAAGUUAACUAUUUCUGCAUGAACAACAUCUCAUUCACAUCAUGUGUUGAUUGCAAUGAGUCUAUGUUCCAUUCAUUUGUUUACGAGUUGAGUCACUACCAUCAGUCUGUUUCAGAUAUUGAGAAACUUAUGAAAGUCACUAAUUCUAUCUCAGAGUCCGAUCGAUACAAGAUCUUCUCUGACUUGGUUGAUGUUAUCCACGAAUCUAUGAAACAUAACGAACGAGAUAAAGCAGUUGAAACCGCUAAACGAUUAGCAUUCUUAUCUAUGUCCUUCAACUUAUUAUCUCUCAAGAACUACUCAAUUAAGAUGCUUGAUGCAGUUCACAAGUGGUCACAUGAAGAAAUUUCAGUUGAAGAAGCAAUCAAAUUAGUUGAUUAUUGA